GCCUGGUCGCCCGAGCAACCGAGUCGCGCUGGGCGCCGUGAUAGCGCUCGGUUCCCUCUGGGCCGCAGAGCUGGCGACUCGGGAGGAAUCGCAGAGUCAAGAAAAUGUCUCCGGCAACUCUCUGUCAACUGCAGAGGUGUAUAAAAUAAACUUUAUAUUUCCAAAUGGAGACAAGUAUGAUGGUGAUUGUACAAGAACAUCUUCUGGAAUUUUUGAGAGAAAUGGAAUAGGUAUCCAUACCACUCCUAAUGGGAUUGUCUACACAGGAAGCUGGAAAGAUGACAAGAUGAAUGGUUUUGGAAGACUUGAGCAUUUUUCAGGAGCAGUAUAUGAAGGGCACUUUAAGGACAAUAUGUUUCAUGGACUGGGGACUUACACAUUCCCAACUGGGGCAAAGUACACUGGAAAUUUCAAUGAAAAUAGGGUGGAAGGUGAAGGACAAUAUACUGAUAUCCAAGGACUAGAAUGGUGUGGUAACUUCCAUUUUACAGCUGCUCCAGGCCUGAGACUAAAGCUGCACGUAUAGAUAGAUAUUCUGCACUGAAGUUUUAGUGUGGUCAUUGAAGCACACUAAAUGAAGCACACUAAUGAAGCACACUAAUGAAGCACACUUCAUUAGUUGUAAGGAAAACAAUUAAAUCUGUCAUCUGAAAUAAUUCCACAUACUUCCUCUAUGUUAUAAUUUUGCCAAUAAAACCAUCAUUCACUUAUGCCUUUUUUAACUUUAUUUUCAUCAUCUUAUAAUUAGUUUAAAAUAAAUUAUGUGAUUCAUUGAGAGUUUGAGUUUCAGUUGAGAGUUUGCUCAUUUGAAUAAAUACAGCAGAACUAUCCAAAUCUUGACAAGGUCAAUUUCCAAUCCUGUACCUGAGUUUUGUCAUCUUUAAAAAGUAUAUUAGGGGGCGGCCAGUUAGCUCAGUUGGUUAGAGCGCGGUGCUCUUAAUAACAAGGUUGCCGGUUCGAUCCCCAAAUGGACCACUGUGAGCUGCGCAACUAAAUUGAAACAACUACUUGACUUGGAGCUGAUGGGUCUUGGAAAAAUACACUUAAAAUAAAUUUUAAAAAGUUAAAAAAGUAUAUCUAUGUGUUAAAGGGAACUAUUGAGAAAAUGAAGACAAUCCAAAGAAUAGGAGAAAAUAUUUGGAAAUCACAUUCCUGAUAAAGGUUUAGUUUCCAGGAUAUAUAAAGAACUCAUGUAUAUAAAUGUAUAUAAAUAAAAAGAACCCAAUUUAAAAAUGGCCAAGGAUUUGAAUGAAUAUUUCUUCAGAGAAGUAUACAAAUGUUUAAUAAGCAAACAGAGAUGCUCAACAUCAUUACUCUCUAGGGAAGUGCAAAUGAAACCCCCAGUAAGAUACCACUCACGAUCACUAGGCUGGCUAUAUUUAAAAAGACAGACAAUAACAAAGGUUGGCAAGGAUGUGCAGAAAUGGGAAACCUCAAACAUUUCUGGUGGGAAUGUAAUAGUACAGCUUCUUUGGAAACAGUUUCUCCAAAAGUUAGACAUAUAGUUACCAUAUGACCUAGCAAUUCCUAAGUAUGUACCCAAGAGAAUUGACUUGUACUGGAAACAAUAUUGGAAACAAUGGAUAAACAAAUACUGAUGAAAGGAUAAACAAAUAUGGUAUAUCUAUACAAUGGAGUAUUAUUCUGCUAGAAAAAGGAAUGAAAUACUGACAUAUGCUACAACAUCAAUGAAUCUUAAAAACAUUGUAUUGAAAGAAUCCAUUAACAAAAGACCACAUAUUGUACGGCUGUCAUGUGAAAUGUCCAGUUGAUUAGUGGCUACCAGGGGAGGGAGAAUUGGGAGACAUGGGAUUUCUUUUGGAGGUGAUGGAAAUGUUCUAGAAUUAGUGGUGAUGGUUGUAUAACCUUGUGAAUACUAAAAACCACUGAAUUGUUCACAUUAAAAGAGCAAAUUUUACAUAAAAGUGAAUUAUAUCUCAAUUUUCUAAAAAGUAGAUCUUUGUGUUCUCACAUAUAAUAUAGACAGCUUCUUUACCUUCUAUCUAAAAUAAUUUAAAAAUUACCAGAACAGUACAUGACAGCUAUAUAUUAAAA